ACCAGAAUAGUGCCCACUAUCGCGCUGAAAGUACCAUCAGGCAAUCUGACGUCAGUUUCCGCACGGUAUCGUGAAGUGCCGCCAUGAUCGUCAGUAUGAAAACCACCGAUGAAGUGGAACUGCUCGAAAAAUAUCUGACGUCGGUUUGCCCCAGAGACCGCGUAUGGGAACUGCGGCUCACAAACUGCGUGGUCGGGAGCCCUGACGCCCUGUUAAGCUUAAUACUCGGGUGCCCCAGCUUGCGGACACUUCGCUGCGUGGCCUGUUCGGCAGAACCGUACGACAUCCUGCGUUUCAUACUCCCGAUGCAGAAGACGCUGCAUACCGUCGAGUUCACGCUAGACGAGCGCAUGUCCGAGAAACAGGUCCGCUCAAUUUGCUUCAGCCUCGCGACGGCGGAAUCGCCCGAAGAAUUUCUUAACCUUCGUUACGUGUACGUCGAGGUGUCCGGCAUCGAAAGGAUGGACGUAAUCAUCAGCCUGAUGAACAUAUCGGUGAACGUCAGCCACUUGCACGUCCACUUUCUACGCGGCAACUUCGCCGAGGCGGUCGUGAAGUGCAAGAUGUUGUGGGACUGUCGCGAGCACCUGAGCUCUUUCACGUUCACGUCCGAAGUGCCUUCCACGGCUUGCCUGUUCUCGCCCCAAUACAUGAGCCCCGUGGUGGGCGGCGCCAUAUGCGGCAACGUGCUGUACACGCGUAAGCCGCACACUAGUUGGAACUGCUUCAUGAUGAACGAACUCGCCAUGCGUCAGAGACCUCUACGACCAGGACGCGAGACCGUCGUGGUUGUGCCUUGGUGGCUCACAGCUGUGCAAAUGAUGCGCGAAGCCGGCGUCAGGAACACUUGGAGCGACGUGAGGAACCUCUGCGUCGCCCUGAUCGAUCCUUCCAGCUACACGCAUUACCCGUGCGCCGGCGUCGCCUUCCACGAGGGCCUGGUUGACUUCUUGCGGCACUUCAGGAACAACGUCGAGUAUGAAGAGUACGAGCAUCUCACCGAGUUAAAUGUCAACUCGUUCCACUGCGCCGCCGACUUAGACAUGACGGAGGUGCUGUUUGACGCUGGGCUGACGUGGCUAACGGCUCUCUCGCUGUCGCCCUGCGGUGUUCAGCGACUCGGUUCGUUGAGGCGUCUGACGGUCGCCUGCCCUUUCCUCAACGACUUGGACGUCCGCGUCUACAGCGACGUCCUGCGGUGCUCGCGUUGCCAGCAGGACCUCCAGCUGAGCUCCAAAGACGCGGCCGAGCUGAGUGUCGGUCGCAACGGUGGACGUCUCACGUUCGUAGGGGUGCCCCGGUUCAAGUCGCUGGACUUUCUCAGCCGCUGCAACGUGCGAGAGUUGCGCAUGGGCGGCAGCAGUAUGGUCGCGCCUGAACAGCUGGGAGACCCGCUCGUGUUCAAUGAAAGACUGCGCUGCUUGGUUCUUGGCUACGACAACAUGCAGUUCGACGCGAGGUUGUACAAUAGCCUGAAGAAGCUCCACAAUCUGCGCCUGUUGUGCCUACGGUCAUGCGCGUACCACGAGACUCUUCAGGUGAAAGGCUACAUACAAUCGCUGGGCUCCUUCAUGAAUCAUCUCAAGGUCCUGCACGUCCACUACACAGGCCCGGACGGCAGCUUUCAGCGGUUAACGUGGGUUCGUCACGCUGACACGAUUGAAGAACUCCGCUAUGAACUGGAUGAUGUACUCAUAGAACCGGUGCUGUGCGGCCGCGUGCUCAGUGACGCACCAUGCGUCAUCUGCACGAUGCAGACAUUCAUCGGGCUCGUGAAACCCAAAUACCGGGAUGUGCACACCAAGUUUUAGCGAAUGCCUGCUCUUUUAGCUUUCAUCAGACUAUUUUACCUUGCCCUUAAACGUACUUCCCUUUUUCUGAAUGCCUGGUUAGUGAAGUCGCGAUGGUAAAGCCAACACUACCCGACACCUUCUGCUCCGUUAUCAAACUAUAGCGAAUUAUGACGUUUU